AUUCCUCUAUAGAGUUGUGAAAAAUUACAAAAAUUUAGUACUAAAAAUAUCGUGAAUAAUCUAAAUUAUUAAAUAACAAGAAAUGUUCGUGGUUUUCUUAAAUUGCGCCAACAAGCAAAUAGAUUUUUUUCUCCAUUUAAGACUGUAAAUAAGAUAAUGAGUAUCUACUGGUCACUAGUAAGGCCUUUGAAAUGGUAAAUUGUUUAUUGAAUAUUGUGUUCUAUUAAAUGAUUUUUAAAGGACUUUGGUGCAAUGCCAUACCUGAUUUUAUACAUAAGCAAAAGGACCUGGUGUAUGUUCAGUUUAUAGAUACUGAAAGCCCUUAUUUCUCUUAAUAAUGGUUUGGCUGUGGUGUAUUUGUUAUGCCAAAUAUUAUGCAACAUGCGUGCUUCCGUUUAUUUUAAAUAUUUGUAAGCUUAGAAUGAAUAGUGCUAGACCAGGCUACGUUACAAUAGGUUAAAUACCAGUGAAUAAAGAAGCGGUAAUGGCUUUACUUUGUAUAAUAUUCAAAUAUUUUUGGAAAUGUUAUUCUCUACUGUUUGUAUAUAUGGGUUUUCCAAUACUAAAAAUAUGAAAUCUGAUUGAACGAAAUGUGUAAGAAGUAUGAAUUCAUAUUUAUGUCCUUAAAAAAUAAAAAAUCAGAUAGCAAGCAGAGAGGAGUUAGCUCAUGGAUAGAGUGGGGAGUUGUGAAAUUUGUGAGUUCAAAAGAUUCUUGUUAACUAAUAACAAAGAACAUUCUCAAGGCUUGUACUUUUUUGUGGAAGAAGAAAAACAAAACAAAAAGAAUUCGGGAUAUUAUUAUUAUGCUGCUGUGAGAACUUCAACUUUUUAAAACUUGACUCUGGCUAAAAAGUUUUGUAACAGAGACAAAAGAAUCAACAAUACUUUAUUUAAAGCAACGUUUUCAUGUAAACAUCUUUUCGAAUGGUUAGAUGACGCAUCGGCUAGUUAUUUUUAAAAGCUCAUUAAACGAAUAAUUAGGACAUUAUGAAACCUUUUACUUAUUAUCUUUUAUUCCUGUUAAUUGCAAUCCGUUAUAAAAACGUCAUCAGCAAAACGAAGAAAAAACAUGGCUCCAUAAUUACAUGUCCGCCAAUACAAGCACCACAAAACGCCCUAAUUGCACAUUUGGUUGCCGUUCGAAAAUACAAAAAUGGCGGGAAAAGCAGUGGAUACAGUGUAAACAGGUACUUAGAACAUGACAAAGUGUAUUUUCAUUGCAAAAGUGGAUACUCCUCAACGGUGCAUUCAGCUUUAUAUAUGACUUGCGGAUCGAAUGGGAAAUGGUUUCCACCGUUGGAACAGCUUGGUAAAUGCGUUCUAAACAAAAAUUUUAAUAAGUGUACCGGAAUGUUUCAAUGCAAAAAAUCAAAACAAUGCAUUUCUGCACAGAAACGUUGCGACUGUGUCUCUGAUUGUGAUGAUGGUUCAGACGAAGAAGGGUGUAACGUUCGACGCAGACUUAUAUGGGCACCUGCGGCAGGGCGCGAUUCGUCUGGCGUCAUAACUAGCCUCGGUUACCCUCGCACGUACCCGAAUAAUUUCUCGUGUGUUUAUCAUAUCUACACUUUAAAGGGUUACAAAAUUGAAAUGGACUUUGAAGAAUUUGAUCUACCAGAGAAAGAAGGAAGGAAAUGUGUCGAUUUUGUCAGUCUUGUGGGCGGUAUGCAUUCAAAUGUUAAGGAAAGCGAUACGAAAAACUUUCAAAAUAGAAUACGAAGCAGCCGGAAACUUCACAAACGAAAAUGUGGGAAAAACGGAUUUAAGAAAGUUUAUUCGGAUUUAUCUCACAUUACUAUAAAUGUGUCUAUUGGUCAUUUAAUACAACCACGUAGAGUUUAUCGAGGUUUUUCGUUGAUAUGGAAAGUUCGUAAUGCUGCUUAUUUUCAUAGAAUUAUGCAGAAUUCUUCCACCUCUAUCGAAUCCAGGGAAACAGACGAAGGGGAUACUUCAAGCGAAAAUGUAUACACUAUUCUAACACCAAUAGCUAUUUCCGCCCUUAUUCCUUUAUCACUCAUAGCGUUCUUAUGUUGCCAUAGAUACUUACGACGUCGUUACAUUGCUAAGAAAAACGCCGGCGGUUCGUUGCAACAAGAAACGAAUUUUUCGGAAAAGCAGUCGAUGGUUUUAACGGAAAAUAAUUUGGCGAAAUUUGAUAAUGAAAUGAGUAGUCGUGAAAGUUGUGUUGAGCAGACUGCUGUUCAUAACACAAUUGCAGUUUACACAGAAAGCGAUACCUACUCGAAACGUAACCAAGUCAACUCGACGGUAACAUGCGACUGUCCAUGCUGUACAGCAUAUGGCGUUGCUAGGAAAGAUUUACAAGUCGAUAAAAGAAACUCUGACACAUACAGCUCGCACCAAUCUGAAAUACCACGUUACAUCAUGUCGUACGACGUGCCGUCACAGCAAGCGACACUUCUGGAAAAUAAUUCCGUCAUAAACAAACAAGCGUCCUUUGUGACACCAGACAUAAAUUACGAGCCUAGGUUACCCUCACCUGUGUACACAAGCUCUUCUCACUUAAACUAUUCAUUACCUUUUAAAAGAUUGCCUUCUAAAUGCUCGCGCGAGAGCGUACGUCAUAGCUAUGGAAGCAAGAGCACAAGUUCUUGCAAACUAUGCAGUCAUCACAAGCUUGUACGGCAGCACAGAAAGACAUUCGAAUGCUCACAGAGCGAUUUAUUUUCACAACCUACUGUUGAUUAUAAUAACGAAGACAUGUAUCGCAGCUCAGAAGAUUUUAGUGAGUUUAUAGAUCCAGUCAAUAGUGACUGCUAUGCGCGAGAUAGCUCCAUAUAUAAUGAAAUGGACUCAAGCACAAAACUUGGAUCAGAUAUGUAUGAUUUUAAUAUUCAUCCUGUGAUUGGAAAAAGCAAGGAGUCGAGUCUAAACUUAGACGAUGGCAACUAUGGACAAAAAACGAGACAUUUAUAUUUUGAUACGACAUACGGAAAAGAAAAAUACGUCACAGGGUUAUCCUAUUCUGAGAACAACAGAACUAACGACGUCUAUGCCGGUAUGCCUCCCUUUAGUAAUACCGAAAGAUCACGUGGUAGCAGCCUCAUUUGUACGCAUUAGCAGCCUCAUUUGUACACAUUAGAAUGUUUAUAUUUAUAUACAUGCUUGUAAAUAAUCUUGUAGUAGUUCAAAAAUGUUUAUCUUAUGAAAUGAAGAAAUGAUAUAUCUUAAAUAAAAAAUACACGCUUUUUCU